AUGAGGGUAUCGCCUGGCAGCUCCGGCCCGUCGACCUCGAACACCGAUACCGUCCCAACCACCAAGAGGUCGAGGGUGCUUCUCUCAUGUGCGCCAUGUCGGAUGUCGAAGCUGAAGUGUGACCGGGGAGUUCCCUGCUCCCAAUGCCUCAAGAAGGCCCGGCCAUCCGCCUGCGUCUAUGCCCCUAAGCCAGUGCGCAAUAGACCCCCCAAGAGCAUGUCUGCGCGGCUCAAGAGACUCGAGGGCAUGGUGAGAGGCAUGAUCGACGAGGAGGGCAACAUCACCACCAGCGCCCCCACCACUACCACCAAGGUCUCGCCGCAACAAUCAUCGCGAAGUGCUGCCGUAGCGGGGCCACCCGAGAAGGAGGGCAAUGGUGCCGCGCGGGGAGGCAGCAUGGCUUAUGUGGGUGCUACGCACUUCAUGGCCAUGCUGGACGAUAUCGAGGACCUCAAGAGCUAUUUUGACGACGACGACGACUGGCCGGUUGAGGAUGACUCGGCGGAUCCCACGCCCGAGGCGGACUCGCCCGAGCUGUUGAUGGUGAACACGGUGGCCCCGCGGAGCAAGCAGGAUCUGCUCGCCCUGCUGCCGCCGAGAGGCAUUGCCGACAGGCUGUCACGUACAGAUAUCGUCCACAAGCCCACCUUUGUCAAAAGGUACACCGAGUUCGCGAACAAUACUGCAUCUUCAGCCAUAGACAUGGACUGGCUUGCUCUGCUCUUCAUGGUCUUCUCACUCGGUAUCUUCUUCUCGUCCUUCUCGGCGCCUCACGAACUCGCCCUCGAUGACACCCCGCUCACGCCAACCCAGCGGUUCCGCCAGUAUCGAAAUGCAGCAGGCUGGGCGCUGACGACGUCCUCCCGCAGCGAUGGCCGCUACAGCUACUCCUCGCCUGCGACGUCCACCUGCGCGCCCUUCCUGCUUUACGUCGAGUCCGAGUUCCUCAUCAACCGCGUCUCGCACAUGAACUGCUACCUGCUGUCAGGCGUGUGCAUACGUAUCAUGCUGAAGAUGGGCCUGCAUCGAGACCCAUCUAAGCUGCCGGGGGCGCAGCUCAGUGCAUACGACGCCGAGAUGCGGCGCCGGCUGUGGAACCUGGCCAUCCAGAUCGACCUGAUGGUGAGUUUCCACCUGGGACUGCCAAGCAUGAUCCACGGGAUCGAGAGUGACACGUUGCCGCCCCACAACCUGCUGGACGAGGACUUUGACGAGGACACGGUCGAGAUGCCGCCCGAGAGGACGUCCACCGACUAUACGCACAUGACGUACCCCAUUUACAAAUCCUCCAUCUGCAAGGUAUUUGGGGAGGUGGCGCGCCAGGCACACUCCCUGACCGUGCCGACCUAUGCAGAGGUCAUGGAGAUCGACGGCCUGCUGGAGGAGAGGUGGGCGGCGAUCCCAAGCUUCAUGAAGGUCCGCCCGCUGGACACGUGCAUCACAGACUCACCGUUCCAGGUUAUACAAAGGUUCGGCCUCGGAGGUCUAUACCAAAAGGCCCGCUGUGUCCUGCACAGGCGGUACCUGGUCGAGAAAGACCCGAAGCCAGAGCACGAUUACUCGCGGCGGGUCUGCGUGCUGGGUGCGCUCGCGCUCCUCGAGUACCAGAACACCUUGUUCGAGGCAACGAAGCCAGGCCGUCUUCUGGCCCAGAACGGCUGGUUUGUCUCCAGCCUAGCCAUGCAUGAUUUUUUGCUGGGUGCCAUGAUUGUCUACCUCAUACUGCAGAACGAGACGUACAACGAGCCCGGUGGAGAGUACGACCUGAGGGAUAAGCAUACGCCCCUGCCGAACAGGCAACAGCUGCUGGAGCUGCUCAAAAGAUCACACAGCAUAUGGAAAGAGGUAGCUCUUGAGAAUCCAGAGCUGAAGAAGGCACCAGAGGUGCUCGAGACCAUGUUCCGCAAACUUGCGCAGAGCCCUAGGGCUCAAAGAGGGACGUUGUCCCCGGCUGACGGCCGGCGGGAGCCAACCACAAGGCCUUGGACAAGAACUGGAUUUGCGGUGGCUAAUUCUGGGACAAGCGGUCAGUUGUGCCCCCCCCCCCCCCCAAAAAAAAAAGACAGAUCUCAUGCGGGAAACCGUCUGUCCCUACUCCAAAGCUAG